AUGGCAGAAUCAAUAAAAAAUUCUGAAAAUAAUUUAUCUAAAAUUUAUUCAUCAUCUUCAAAUCAACAUUUACUUUUUGCUGAAACACUUCGUGAUUGGCGUGAUCCUUUAUUCCAUGGUCAUGAUCCAAUACCUGUACCACUUUGUCCACGUUGUGCUGUAUGUAAAUGUGAAUCAUUAAAAGAUUUUCGUAAUACAUCAUCUAGCUCUAUUCAUCAUUAUGAUCAUCAUCAUCAUCAUCAUAAACAUGAUCCAUCGUGUCCAAAUUUUCGUCAUCAACAUGAACGAGCUAAAACACCAAGUCAACAACGUCCUAUUACUAAAUCUAAACGACGUGCUAUUUCACAUGAUCCAUUACUAACGGUGCUAAAUACUUCAUCUAUAAUAAAGUCAAAAUCUUCUGAAUAUUCUCCAUUAAUACAAACAAUUGAACGAAAAAAAUCGUCAUCGAAAAUACCGGUAAGAAUUUCAACAUCAACAAAUAAUUAUUCGCCAUCACCAUCACCAUCAUCAUCAUUAUUAUUAAUUAAUAAAUCUCAAUCAUUAAAUAAAAAAACAAAAAUUCCACGAUUAGUAUUAGCUUCUAGUUUAUCAUCAUCAACAAAAACAACUGAUGAUUUAUAUGAAAUAGAUAGUUUAAAUGAUGAUGCUGAUGGAACAUCAGAAAUUAUAUCUGAUAAUGAAAAUAUAUCAUUGAAAGAAACCAAUAAUAUGGAUGAACAACUAUUAAUAAAAAAAAAGAAAAAACAUAAACACAAUCUAUCAAUACCAGAUAAACGACAACGACAAUCUCGUUAUAAAGAAAAAGAAGUCAAUAAUCAUGCAUCUACUAGUAAUGAUUAUGGACAUACAUGCGUUAAUAAAACAAUACUCGCUUUACGUGGUCGUCAUUCAAAAUCUAAAUCAACAUCAAGUUCUUUAUCAUCUUCUUCACAAUCACUUUCUCCAUUAAGAAAAAAAUCUCAUUCAUUACGUCAUCGUCGAUCUUCAAAUUCUCAAAUUCUUUCAUCAUUAUCAUCAUUAAAUACUUCUGAAAAACUUCAAUCCAAACAAUAUUUUCAAAUACAUCCACAUUCAACAGUAGUUUCUACUGAUCAAUCAAAUCAUUUAUCUUCUCAAACACCAUCAUUAUUAUCAUCAUCAUCAUCAUCAUCAAUUUAUCUUAUUCAAGUAGCAAAUCAAACGAAUUCAUUUGGUUUAACAAAAACAAUUCCAUAUGUUUGGAAAAAUACAAAUAUAGAAAAUGAAGAAAAUAAAUUUUAUCCAAAUUUUUCAAUUGAACAAAUUCCACCAAUAAUUAAUAAUAAUAAUAAUAAUAAUAAUAAUAAUAAUAAACGUUCUAUACCAAUAUCAUCACGAAAUAUAAUUUUACAACGUGGUCAAAUUGAUUAUUGGCAAAAUUUUCAAACAUCAUCAGAUUCUAUUCUAACAUCAUCAUGUCAAAAUUUGACGGGAUCAGCAUCUCAUUUACUUUGUUCAUCAUCAUUAAUACAACAAACUAAAACAAAUAAAAAUUCUCAUGGUAAUAUUAUAUCAAUAACAACAACAAAACGUUAUCAACCAUCAUUAUUAAAUAAAACAAAAUAUAUACAAUGGAAUAUUGAAGGAAAUGGUAAACAACUUCGAUAUUCAAAAAUAAAAUGGCAUAGUGAUCAACAAUUACAUAAACAUAAUCGUUUAAAAAAAAAAUCUCAAAAAAAAUCUAUAAUAAAUAAUCAUACAGAUACUGGAGGAUCAUCUAGUGAACAAAAUAAUCAAUCGGCACCAUUAAUUCUUUAUCAUGAAAAUAAUACAAAUCUAUUAAACGAAACUCCAGAAGUAUUAGAAAAACCGUCAAUGAAUACUAAUUCAAAACAAAUAGAUUCAAUUGUACCUGAUUAUUCUUUAUCUCAUUCUGAUAAAAACAAUAAAACAUCAUUAUCUGAAAUAUCUAAUGAAAAAAUAAUUCAUUCAUCAUCAACAUCUCCAACUAAAUCUAAACAAAUAUUAUAUGCAAGUACAGAUGAAGAUGUUGAUGAAAUAAAUUCACAUUAUUUUGAAGAUAUUGAUCGAUCAAUAACAACAACAAUUGAAGAUUAUCGUGAAAAAUUAAAUAUACGUUUAUUAUCUUUAAAUAAUGAACAAAAUAGUAAUCAAUUAAAUUCAAUAUAUCGUCCAAGAAUAUUAUCAACUGAAUGUUCACAAAUAACAAUUGAUUCAGGUGUUGAUAUUGGAAGUGAACAAAAAAUUUAUCAACCAAAUAUAACAUUAACUAUUGAUGAACAAAUAACUGAUCAUAAUGAUUUAUUUGCAUUAUUAGAUGAUUCAUUAAUUGGAAAAGAAUCUAAAAAUUUCUUAUUAAAUCAAUCUAUCAUAGAAAAUAAUGAACAUACAACAACAACAUCAAUAAAUAAAACUGAGCAAAAUAUUUAUUGUUCAAUGAAAAAUAAUUUAAAUAAUAAACAAGAUCUAUAUAAAAGUUAUGAACUUGAAACAAUUAGUGAUGAAGAUGAAGAUAAUUAUAUAAAAGAAAAGAAUUCAAAUGAAUUAAUAAUAACAUUAGAUAAUUCAUUAUUAAAAAAUUCUUUAUCAUCAAUACCUCCAUUAUUUGAAUUUAAAUUACCAACAUUUGGUGAAUGGAUCGAUCGUGCAUUUACAACAUUUCUUUCUAAUACAAAUCAAAAUCAAUCAGAAUCAAUAUUAUCAAGUCGUUCAUCAUCAAAUUUAUCAAUGCAUACUUCACAAAGUACAAUUAAUACAUCAUCAUCAUCACAAGUUAUAACUGUUCGUGAUAAUUUUAAUUUACAAAAUAUAUCACAAGAUGAAAAUAGUGAUUUUCAUCAAACACAAACAUUUAUACAUGAUGAUGAACAUAGUCUCAAUGAUAUGUCAAGUUCAAGUUUAAAUUGUGAAAAGGUCGAUUUUGACACAUAUAUUAUCAAUAGUAAUUAUGAAAAGAUCAAUCCUUCAAUAAUAUAUGAACAAAAUGAAAUUCCUUUCAUAAAUGAACGAUCAAAAUCGUUAUUAUCAUCAAUAACAUCAUCGAUUGAAAAUGAUGGUCAAGAGGUAAUGAACAACAAAAGAAGAAUGCCAAACUAUGAUGAUGAUAAUGAUGAUGACGAAAAGAUUUCUAAGAAAAUAUCAACAACAAUAAAUCCAAAUGAUUUAUCAUCAUAUACAAUUUAUGAAAAAUUUCAAUAUUCUUCAAAUAGUCAUGAUUCAUUAAAUCAAUCUGAUCAUCAUAUAGAUACAACGACGUCAUCAAUUGAUGAUUUAACAAAAACAAAUCAAUUUUUAACAUCAAUAUUUCAUUCAAAAGAUUCAGCACUUGGUUUAUCAGAUGAUAAUUUAAAUAAUUUACAAACAAAUCAAUUAAUUAUAUUCGAUGAUAAUCAUAAUAAUAAUAAUAAUAAUAAUAAUAAUAUUUCAUCAUUGUUUAAAGAUACAACUAUCGAUCAUAUUGAAAUACCGAUUGAUGCACUGACUAAUGUUAACAUUGAAACUACGCAAAAAACUGAUGCAAUGAUUUCGAUUAAUAAUGAAAUACAAUUAGAUGAAUAUAAAAAUACUAUUGAACGAACAAUAUCAACAAGUUCAUCAGAACAAUUAAUACCAAAAGAAAAACAAACUGGAAUGUAUUAUAAAGCAUUCGGUAGUUCAGCUACAAUUAAUCUAACUGAACAGUAUAAUUGUGAAUGGUUACCACAAGAAAAAUCAAGUUCAACAACAAUUGAAAAAUCUUUUGAAAUUGAUAAUAAUAAUCAUGUUCGUAUUGUUCAUCAAAGUCAAAUAAUAGGUGAUAAUGAAGAUGAAUUUUAUUAUUCACCACAAACAACAUUUCAUGCAUGUCAUUCAUGUCCAAAUUUAAAUUCUAAUUUAAUAAAUUUUCCUUUACGUGAACGUUCAUAUUCAUUAACAACACUUGAUGCUUAUACACAUUUAAAUAUAACAUAUGAUAUAUUAGAACAAAUUUGGCAUUCAUUACUUAAUGUUACAUUUAGUGAUAAAGAUGAUAAUGAAUUAAAUGAAUAUAAAUUACGACAUAUAAUUGGUUUAUCAAAUUCAUAUACAAAUAUAAAUCAUUCAUCAAUUGAAAAAUCUCAUAGUCAUAAUGAUAUAUUUUCUAUUAUGAAUAAAACAAAUCAAAAAUCAAUAACAAAAAUUAAAUCAAAAUCAUUUGAUAUAACAUCAUUAAUGAAACAACCAAUAUCAACAUCAUCAAUAAAUAAUUCUGUUAAUAUUGGUCUUUUACAAGGUGCUGAUAUAUCAGAACCAUUUGCUGAUCGUUUAAUAUCAAUAUCAAUACAAUCUGAUCUUGAAAGUAUGCAAUCAUUAGAACAUGAACAAAUAUCAAAUGAAAAUUCUUUAACAUCAUCACUACCUAAAGAAUCAUUAAAUUAUAUUUUUAAUUUUACAAAUCAAAUUGAUAAUAAUAAUAAUGAUGAUGAUUAUGAUGAAUAUGAUGAUUUAGAACCAACAAUUGAAAUUGAAAAUAAACCAUUAAAUAUUGCUGUUACAUUUAAUGAUAAUGAUGAUAAUGAAGAGAAUAUUUUACCUAUUGUACAAAUACAUGAUACAUAUACUGAAUUAUCAUUAUUUCGUCCACAUUCAUUAUCAACAAUACCAAGUUCAAGAGCAAGUCAAUAUGCAUCAAGUGUUGAUAGUGAUGAUAUAUUUGAACAUGGACAUCAUUUAAAUAAAGAAAAUUCUGAUGAUAAUUAUCAAAAUCAUAUAAGUGAUGAUGAUCAUGGUGUUAUUGGAUCAGAUUUUUCUUCACCACAAUCACGACCACUUUCAUCAAUAAAAAGUCAACCAUUAUCACCAGAACAAAAUCAGGAAUUUAAAUCUGUAAAUUUUUCUGAUAUUGAUCAUGAUGCAUGGGAACGAUGUAUAGAUGAACCAAUAUUUUAUGAUGAUCUUUGUCUUGAUUAUAAAAAUGAAGAAGAAUUAUUAUCUAUAAAUCAACUUUCAAAUAAUUUAAUAACAAUUGUUCCAUUAGAAUCAUUAAAUCAUAAAGAAACAUAUGUAACAGAUCAAAUUGAACCUACUAUUUCAUUAAUUAAUGAACAUGAAGAAAAAAAUUUAGAUUCAGAUAAUUUUAUUGAAAAUAAUGAUCAAAAUAAACAACAUGAAAUUAUUGAACAAGAUUAUUUAUUAAUUGAACAACAAUCUAAUAUUUAUCUUGAUCCAAAUGAACUUGUUCAUCGUUUAGAACAAUUAGAUUUAUCAAAUAAACAAGAAAUAAUACCUAAUCUUAAUUUUAUUAAUAAUCAACAAGAAAAUUUUAAAUCUAAUAUUGAACAUUUAACAUCUAUAAUUAAUGAUAUUCAUCAAAUAAAUCAUACAAAAAUAACAUCAAUGAAAAAACUUGUUUUACAUGAACCAUUAAAUAUAGAACAACAAUAUUCUUCAACAACAACAACUAAACCAAUACGUUAUCAAAAUCAUUCUAUUGAUAAAGUAUCUGAUUUAGAAAUAGUUAAACAAGGUAAAGGUUUUAAAAUUGGUUAUAUUGAUCGACAAGGUACUGAUCAACGUGUUAUAUUAACAAAACGAAUUGAAACUGGAACAGAUAUUAAAGAACGUGAUCCACAUAUUCGUUUACCACAUAAAGAACGACGAUUAUUAAAUCAAACAUUUAGUUCAGUAUUAUAUACAAAUGGUAAUAAUACAAUACAAGAAGAUAAAACUUUUCAACAUUCAGCUAAUGAUAUUGAAGUACCAACAAUUGGAACUAAUCCAAAACAUUUUGAUGAGUCGGAUAUGAUCUCUAUUGAUAUAGAUGGUCCAUCAACAAUGCUUAGUUCUAUUUGUGAAUCAAUUGUUAUAACACAAGGUUCUGUUUAUACAAAUAAUUCUUCAAAAUCACAAUGUGAUAAUUCAAAAAUUCAAUCUAUAUGUGAUUCAUCAUCACUUCCUAUUUCAAAUGAAUUUGAAGAAUAUCAUAUGCAAACAUCUCAUGCAUUAAAAAAUGAUAAAAUUCAAGUAUUCAAUUCAUGGCAUGAUCAUACUAUUAUUAAUGGUAGUAGUACAUCAUGGCGUAGUCCAUUUAAACCAAUAAAACAUGUUCAACAAUCAAUAAAUAAUUCACCAUUACAUCAUAUUGAAUAUAAUUCUUUUGAUUCAAAUAGACAACAAAAAUCUACACGUGAUAUAUCUUUAUCACCUAUAACAUUACCUUUCGAAAAACAUUUUCAAACAAUAAGUACAUCACCAAUAACAAUUCGUCAAACAGUUGAUCAAUCAUGUCAAUAUAGUCCACAAUUAAUAACUCAUGAUCAAAAUUUACAAUGUUGUUUAGAAAAAAGAACAACAUAUACACAAGUAUCAUCAUAUGAAAUACCCGGUUUUUUACAAACACAAGAUGGAAUACAAACAACAGAUAAUUUUCAUUCUCGAACAAUAUUAAUACAUCCAACAACACUUGAACGUAGUUCUGAUUCUGGUAUACUUGUUGAUGAUAAUAAUCGUAUUAAAUCAAAUUUAGCUUUACAAAUUGAUAUGAAAAGUUCAUCAUCAGAUAGUGAAGAUAUAUCUGAAUUAACAACACGUUCAAUUAUACGACAUACAACAUUAAAUAAUAAUAAUAAUAAUAAUAAUAUUAUAUUUGAAAAUCCAACAAUAAUAAAUUCAAAUUUAAAAAUAUCAACAAAUAAUAUUGAACAAGAAAUUUUACAAUUACGUCGUGAACGAGCUCAUAUACUUGAUUUACUUUCAUUAAAUUGGACUCGAUCAAAUAUAUGGGUAGAAUUAACAGAAGCAAAAUUAAAUUAUAUUAUUGGAGAAACAGAUGCUCUUCUUCGUUCACUUUCAUUUGAUUCAACAACAAUUGAUAAUGAAACAGUAAAAUUAAAAAUGCAUCAAUAUGAAGAAGAGAUGACACAAUUAACACGUCAGCAUUUAGCUGUUUAUCGUGAACGUUUAGAAGAUUCAAAAAAACAAUUAGAUAUUAAAAUUGAUGAAUUAGAAUUAAAAAAAUCUUCUAUUGAAAAUCAUACAAUAAAUCAGGUAUCAACAUAUGAAUAUACACCACGUUCAAUAAAUAAUAAUAAUAAUAAUAAUAAUAAACGAUUAAAAUCGUUUUUAAGUACAAGUGCUGAAAAUUUAACUCUUACACCUAUACAUGAUACUAUAGCCCGCCAUCCACAUUUACUUGAUGUUUCAUUUUUAACAUCAACUCCAUUAAAAAUAACUGAUCAUCAAACACAUUCUUCGAAUUAUCAAGAAAAUAAUAAUGAAACAAUUCGGAAAAAUUAUCGAACAAAAACGACAUUUUGUCCUAUAUCAACAACUAAUCAUCAAUAUGAUUAUUCAACAAAAAUAAAUAAUCAAAAUAAUGGAAAUUUAUCAAAUAUGGAAGGUUUAAGUAAAAGUCAACAAGCGAUUUUAGAUGAAACGGAUAAACUUGUUAAAGAUUCACAACAAUUACAUACAGAAUCAGCUUCACAAUUUGAACGAGCAAGAGAAAUUCAUAAAUUUUUUUUCCUCUUACUCUAUGUAUGUAAAAUCAGUGAAACACCUAUUCGAUUAGCACGAGCAAAUAUGGCUGCAUCUCGUCUUUCACCUCGUUUAGAAAAUAAAACUUAUAUAUCAAAUAAUGUAACACUUGCUGAAUUAUUUAAAUAUGAACAGUCAUUAACAAAAGAAGCAACAAAAAAUCAUCGAAAUAUUUAUUCAAAUACAAAAACAACUAGUGAAUCUUAA